AUGAUAAAUAGAUUCUUUAGGCUAUAUUUUUGUUCAUCAAUUAAAAUAGAACCAGUUAACAUUCAUUAUUAAGAUGGACUAUUUGAUACAACAUAUGGUUUAUUAAAAAUGACAAGGAAUCCAUAUCUAAAUUAAAAACAAUUAGAGAGCAUUACUAAUUCAUAUUUCUUAGUGGAUGGAGUUGGAUCAAAUUUCAUUAAGAGUCUUUUUAAAAAGGAUAUGAAUUCGUUGAUUAUAUUCGAUUGUGAAAAGAUGCAUUUAAGGAAUGCAAUUGAAAUUUAUUAGGCAACUAAAAAGUAGAUAGAUUUGUAAUUCUUUGGUACACCCAAGAGACCUCGUAAUCCAUUUUCAAAAUGCAAAGGUCCAAAGGACAUAUUUAAUCUCUAUAGACAUAUAUAGAAUCAAUAAAAGCUUAUGCUAUCAAGGAUGUGUUUAAUUGUGAGCUAUAAUGGAGAAGUUAGAAUACAAGGAACAUUACCAGAAUGUGGAGAUUUGAAAUAUCAUUUAGAAGAGCAACCAGAAAACAUAAGUUAAAUAGGAUAUCGCAAAUACAAUUACUUAUUACCUUUUAGUGCUUAUUAAGGUAUUGUAACUGCUUACAAUUAUGAAAAAGAAGGAGUGGCAAUAGAAUUUUUAAAUUAUAAAAAAAUCUAUGCUUUAUAUGGUGUUUUCCCUCCUACUUAAAGAUAAUAUUAGGUCUUAUUCCAUUCCUAUAUGCAAAAAUUAGUUAAAAUACAUGAUGUGUAAUUAUUGAUAUCCAUUAUAUUAUAGCACUCAUUCUUCCCUUUAUAAUGUGAUUGAUUUGGGUUGUGGAACAGGAGUACUUGGAUUUAUAGCAAAUGAUGUUUUAUUAAGGAGUUUUAAAGAUAAAGAAAUAAAUAUAUAUUCAUUAGACAAUGUAGAAAAUGCAGUUAAAUCUGCAAAAAUUAAUUCUUAAUGUUUGGAAUAUAAGAAUUAUACAGCAGAAUUAGGAGAUAUUACAGAUAUUGAUACAUUACAAUAUCAAUUAACAGUUUUUAAGUAUGUUAUAAUUGUAUUAAUUUUUAGAUAUCCUGCCAAAUUUAAUUUGAUUAUUGCAAAUCCACCUUGGAUUUAAGCAUCUAAAAUACGAAUUGAUGAUUCAAUUGAAAAUACAGUAACAGAUCCAGAUGGAAUAAUGUUAAAAUCAGUAUUUGAAUUUGCAAAUAAAUACUUGUAAAUAGAAUCAUUAGAUUCAACAAAGGGAAGAUUGAUUUUAAUUUAUAGUGAUCUUUCUUAAUUAUUGGAAUUAUAAGAGAAAGAAAAGGUUCAAGAUUUAUGUAGAGAAUAUAAAAUGGGUAUUACAUAUUAUUCUGAAUUGCCAUUCCAUAUUAAAGAUCCUUAAAAUGUUGAUCCUCUCUUACAAUACAAAUAAAAUAGUAAAGUAUAGCUUUUUGAGAUUCGCAAGAUAUGA